UUCUCUCUCUCCGCCUUCUGCUCAGUAUUGUGGCUCCUUGGGGUUGUAUCUAGGUGGUGUGGACCUCGGAGUGAAAAGCUCAAUCUCGCACCGCCCCCCGACAUUCAGGUCCGAUUCAAGCUCUUUCGUCUUCCACCUCUGCCUCUCUCUCCCUGGCCCGCUUCAUUCGUUCCUCCCAGAGGCCAAGCUCUCUCUUUCGCGGCCACGGGCAUCUCAAGAGUUACAUUGAUCCAUUGCUGUGAAGAUGUCUAUGUUUGUUUCAAGCACUAUCUGCUCCACUUCUCAACUACCAAUAGGAACAGAUGCUAGGUUACUGGAGCGAACUAAGAACAUGAAACACUCCCCUGUGGAGCUUGGUUUGCAAUCUAAACAUAUUUCUUCCCUAGAAGGAAAAGUUAAGAUCAUUGCUUCAAGUCCAGCAGGAUUGGGGAUACAAAUACAACCUAUAAAUAGAAGGAGAUAUGCUAUGCAUUCAAUUGGAAGAUCCACUUCAGCGAUAUGUUUUGCAGCUUUGAAUGCAAGAUGUGGCGCAGAGCAAACCCAGACUAUUACGCACAAAGCUCCGACAAUUACCCAAGCGCCUACUCACAUUCAGGAAAAGUCGCCACAACUCGAUGACGGUGGAACAGGUCUCCCGCCCCGCGAUGACGGUGAUGGUGGAGGUGGUGGGGGCGGCGGCGGCGGCAACUGGUCUGGUGGAUUCUUCUUUUUCGGCUUCCUUGCAUUCUUAGGCUUUUUGAAGGAUAAAGAAAGUGAAGGGGACUACAGGGAUAGCAGUAGGAGAAGAUAAAACGAGUGCCAUGGGACUGAGGACAUCUUAUAGUUGAAACAUUCACCAGCAAAACUAGAAAUGAGUCACUGCAUGGAAACCUUCCUGAGGAGCCCAGUGAACUGCAGCGUGCUCAAUUUAGAAGGAUUAUGUUCUUUCCCAUAUGGGUAGGAAUGUGACUAUUAACUGCAUUGGUUUGGUCUUUUUAUGUCGUUCUCAAUGUCGGUUACGGUUCUUUUCUGAAAUUACCCUGAUGUACUCCAUGA